AUGUCGUCAUGGAACGACGCUUGGGAUCGUGGCAAACAAAUGGUCGGGGAGCCACUGGCCAAAAUGACUGCAGCUGCAUCGUCGGUCACGUCCGCUGCAACGGCGACAUCUGCAGCACCUCAACAAAUGCAAGAAGAAUCAAAUGAGAAUCCGAUGCGAAUGCACUCGAACAAAGUUCUCCAAUUCGUCGAACAAACUUGGAUUGGAAAAUGUCGAAAACGCUGGCUUCUUGCUAUUCUUGCCAAUAUGGGAUUCAUGAUUUCCUUCGGUAUUAGAUGCAACUUUGGAGCCGCCAAAACGCAUAUGUACAAGAAUUAUACGGAUCCAUGGGGCAAGGUUCAUAUGCACGAAUUUAACUGGACAAUAGAGGAGCUUAGUGUAAUGGAGAGUUCGUAUUUCUAUGGUUACUUGGUCACUCAGAUUCCCGCUGGAUUUCUUGCUGCCAAAUUUCCACCCAAUAAAUUAUUCGGAUUUGGAAUCGGUGUUGGUGCAUUUCUAAACAUUCUUCUUCCGUAUGGUUUCAAAGUGAAAAGUGAUUAUCUUGUGGCGUUCAUUCAAAUUGCUCAAGGAUUGGUUCAGGGUGUCUGCUACCCGGCUAUGCAUGGGGUUUGGAGAUACUGGGCUCCACCUAUGGAAAGAUCGAAACUCGCGACCACUGCUUUCACUGGCUCCUACGCUGGCGCUGUUCUUGGCCUCCCCCUAUCCGCUUUCCUUGUCUCUUACGUCUCCUGGGCUUCACCUUUCUAUCUUUAUGGAGUAUGUGGUGUCAUUUGGGCUAUUGUUUGGUUCUGUGUCACUUUCGAGAAGCCUGCAUUCCAUCCAACCAUAUCACAAGAGGAGAAAAUUUUCAUUGAAGACGCAAUUGGUCAUGUUUCGAACACUCAUCCUACGAUCCGCUCGAUUCCAUGGAAGGCAAUUGUCACUUCGAAACCUGUAUGGGCAAUUAUUGUUGCAAACUUCGCCCGUAGUUGGACAUUCUACCUUCUUCUACAAAACCAACUGACCUAUAUGAAGGAAGCGUUGGGAAUGAAGAUUGCUGAUUCUGGUCUCCUUGCUGCUAUCCCUCACCUCGUCAUGGGAUGUGUUGUCCUAAUGGGCGGUCAACUUGCCGAUUAUCUUCGUUCCAAUAAAAUCCUCUCCACAACGGCUGUUCGCAAGAUUUUCAACUGUGGAGGAUUCGGAGGAGAAGCUGCAUUCAUGCUCAUUGUUGCCUAUACAACAAGUGACACAACUGCCAUCAUGGCUCUGAUUGCCGCCGUCGGAAUGUCUGGAUUCGCAAUUUCAGGUUUCAACGUCAACCAUUUGGAUAUUGCCCCUCGUUACGCUGCUAUUCUUAUGGGAUUCUCGAAUGGAAUAGGAACUCUGGCCGGAUUGACUUGUCCAUUUGUGACAGAAGCAUUUACGGCUCAUUCUAAACAUGGAUGGACAAGUGUUUUCCUUCUUGCUAGUCUCAUUCAUUUCACCGGAGUCACUUUCUACGCUGUCUACGCAUCUGGAGAGCUUCAAGAGUGGGCGGAGCCAAAAGAAGAAGAAGAGUGGUCGAAUAAGGAAUUGGUUAAUAAAACUGGAAUUAACGGAACUGGAUACGGAGCUGCGGAGACCACAUUCACUACUCUCCCGGCAGGAGUUGAAGCUUCUUACCAGCAACAAGCUCAAGCUCCAAAUCCUACAAACUCCUUCGCCAUCUCUUGGGACGACCAUGGAGCGUCAUCUGGAGUCGUUGAAAACCCACACUACCAGCAGUGGUAG